CCGUACUUUGAGCAUGUGCCGCCAUGGAGAGAUGGGUGCUUCUCAGCUGUUUGGUCUUUUGGAGCUUUUCGUUGAGCUUGGCGCGUGCUCCCAUCGCGUCAGGUGUUUGUCCAAAGGGCUAUUUCCGGAACGUAACGGUCCUGUUUCCCUGUGACCAGAACUCAGGUGUGGCCUAUGCCCCUGUGAGCAAGUCUGAAGAUUUCACCGUAAGGGUGCCAACGGGAGUGCAGGACUUGAAAAUCUUGGUAACUGCAAGCUUUGCCAUGAUGAUCACCUUCAAUGACCCCAUAGAGCAGAAGGAGAUACCUUUUGUACAAGAUGCUGAGAAGACAGAAGCAUGGAGAGGAUUGACUUUGCAGCUGGACGCAGGUCAAGUCACUUCCGACAAGACAUCAAUUUGGGAAGGCUCCUGGCGUGUUGGCUUGAACUAUGUUGGUACUUCUCAAUCUGAACUUGACGUGAUAGUGCGCGGUGUUCCUGUAGGAGGAAGGCACGAACUGGUCAACAUCAGCUACAGCUAUGGCGCAUUCCACGGCUGCACGAAGCCUUUUGUUCCAAUGGGUUGCGGCGACUUUUCGCGGUUUGCCAGCCGACAGCUGGUCUUCAACUGGAGCUCUUGGGUACAAGAGAAGUACCCAACUGCUGAUGAAGCCUGGCGUGACCUUUGUGACAAAAGAAUGGAGGAGGUCAUUCCCCUGACUGCCGGACCAGUGCCUUACUACAUGUUUGGUGAGGUAUGGGCUAAGUGGCCAUUGGCCAACUUAGUCCAUCCUGGAUGGAGGGAAGCCUUUAGAUUCAUUGACACAUUGGGAGGAACACCACCUGAUGGCUAUGUGGAACCGAUAGAGUUUCGAACUGCCUAUGGACUUGCAAGCACCUACUUGUCGAUGUUCGGCUGGUGCGAGAUGUUGCGAAAGCAAUAUGGCACGUCGCAGGAAGCUUGGAAGGCGUUGAGUGGAGCAGAGUUCGGCUUUCAAAGUCCAGUGGAUUUCGAGAAGUGGAAGACAUCCUUUUGGAACACAUACAGUCCAGAGGCUGGGAUGAGCAAAGCUGAAGCGGACGAAUCCUUUGUCUAUGCAGAUGCAGAUGGCAACGAGGAGGUUUCAGAAAAGGAGUUUGCAAGCAUUUACUUCAGCUGCGCUCCAGAGAAUCAAGGGAAACCACCCGGAGGUCAGGCUGCUGAGGCCGAAAAGAAAGAGGAAAGUGCUGCAGUCGCCAAAGCCAAACAGCAAGCGACGGUGCCGGGAGAGACCGUGGCACGAUGUUUGUAUGAAAACAUCGAAUAUUCAGGGACUCUUGCUGGAACCGCUUCGCGCACCAUGAACUUGACGGAAUGUCAAGUCAACUGUCGGAAUACUGUUGGGUGUGCGCACUUCACCUUCUAUCCCAAAGAUGGCAGCUGCAAGAUGUACGGACUCGAUGCGAUUUGGCUGACAACAGAGGGAGCUAUGUCUGGGCCUGCCAGAUGUGUUGCCCAGGUCAGGUUGACACUUGAAGACCUGGGAGACAUGACCAAUUUGGAGGAUGAACGGCAAGUUCUGCAAGUUGAGAUCGCCAUGGAAUUGGCCAAGUCCUCCAGCAUUCCUAUUCACGACAUACGCGACAUGCAGGGCCAGGUGGGCAAGGUCACCAUGACAAAGGAUCAAACAGUUUCGGGCAAACUGAUUCUGGACUCCUUCAUAGACAUGCCUGCAGGGAGCGAGCUGCAGGACAUCGAGAAAAUCGCUGCCCAGAGCGAUGCAAAUCGGAAACUGAGAGGAGCGCUUCAAGCCGACACAGCUUCAGCAGAAGCGAAGAUGCAGGUUCUGGUGGCUGCCAUACCCUUCGCGCAAUGCUUUGUGCUAGGGACAAAGUUGGCCCCAGAGAUGACGGAUCAGGUGACAGCGCUCACUGCAAGAGCAUGCCAAACUAUGUGUGAAAGGACAGAAGGCUGCACCUACUUCUCCUACUUCAAGGGCUCGCAACAGUGCAGUUUGCACGCUUCCAGUGCCAGGCCGAUCUUCUUUGAGUCAGCAAUGGCAGGACCCAAGCGAUGUCAGGGCCUUCCAUCUGUCUAUGAACCUUCUGCUGACGAGAUGGAAGCAGCUGUGGCAGGUGAGGGUGGUGGCAUUUUUACCAACCCCUGGUUCUGGAUUGCAGUGAUACUGGUGCUCGCUGCAUUGGUCACCGCAUACUUGCUGCUGAGAAGGUGUCGCUUCACCCGUCGGUCCAAAGAACGACAAGUGUCACGACAAGGCGUAGAUCGAAAAUUGGGAGGGCACAGAUACAUGCCACUCCCUGCAGAUCAGCAGCUGGAACAAGACAUGAUCUCCCAAGCUGCUUCUGAUGCAGCCUGGCACCAGAUCGCCUCGCAACCAUCAAAGGCUCCCACUUCCGAUGCCUCGCCCAUGAGUGGACGAGGUACCUGGAAAAGUGGCUGUGGAGGUCAGCAGGGCAGUUGGCAGCUCCACCAACUGCCUCCCACACCUCGAAGUGUUCCCAUGGUGAGCCCAGGGCCCCAAGGCCAGUGUCAAGGUGGCUGCGGCGGCUGCGGUGGCUGCGGUGGCUGCGGUCCAGGUGGACCAGGUGGACCAGCGGGACCAGGAUGGGGGGGACAGCCCCAGUGGCUUCAGCCUCCAAGUGAGACGCAGGACCAGCCGAAUUGGAUGCCCCACUUCCUGGGUGCAGAAGCAGUCAGGGAGUAUGAUACUUGGAGGACACAAAGGCCUGAGUUCUCAUCGUGGCAUGCACAAGAAAUGCGCCCGAUGUUCCCCACACCAACUCAGAGUUAUUCCGAGUUUCCACAUGCUGCAAGUUUGCCAGCGCAAGCGGGGUGGCCAAUGGGGUAUAGUAACUUCAGCAGCCCUCCUCCAAGUUCACAACUUCGCAGUCCUCGGAUCACGUGAGAUGUUUUGUUGCUCCUUUAUCCAGUGGGUUUGUGCCUUGGAUUGAAAUCCCAUAUCCCAACUUUUGCAUGGCACCCACUGCAAUGGAGCAAUUAUAGCACAACGAAGCUUAGACAAACUGAUGCUGAGAUGUGCUGAAUAGGAUUGGCCGAAGGCACCAAUGGAGUGUCAUAGGAACAGCCUGUGGCACUGCAUGCAGUAGGUUGCACUGGGCCCUUCCGUCGGCAGCAGCCACCAAGAGCUGCUUUCUUUCUAGGAUCCAAGGGGUAGUUGAUGCUGGGCUGGACUGCCAUUCCAGCUAGACGAGCCUGCUUUUGGGUUCAGAACUCUUUGCUCUUUUCAUGCUUUCAGAUGG